AUGAGGGGAGAUCUUGGGGUGUUGAUGCUGUUGCUGUUGUCUGCAGCUGUAGAGUCCAACGGCUCGUCUCCACCAGGGAAACCCGUCCUGCUGGGCUGCAGGUCCCCAGACAAGGAGACGUUUAGCUGCUGGUGGGAGCCGGGCCCCGACGGAGGGCUGCCCACCACACACCGCCUCUACUACGAGACGGAAAGAUUGGAGGGAACCAACGAGUGUCCGGACUAUUGGUCGGCGGGGAGGAACUCCUGUUUCUUUAACAAGACGCACACGUCCAUCUGGGUGGACUACUUCCUGACAGUGACGGCCUCCAACGCCCUCGGGAACGCCACCUCAGACCUCUUUAAGAUGGACGUGAUGGAUGUCGUGAAGCCCGAUCCUCCUGAAAACGUGACGCUGCUGGUGGAGGAGCGAGAGGACAGUCCGAGUCUUCACGUCAGAUGGAAGCCUCCCUCCAACACGGACACCAAGUCCGGCUGGGUCACCAUUAAAUAUGAACUCAGAGUGGAAAAAGAAAACAGCAACAAGUGGAAGGAGUACAAGUCAGGUACACAAACUCAUUUCAGCCUGUACAGCGUCAGUCCCGGGGCGGUGUACACGGUGCAGCUGCGCUGCAGACUCGACCACAGCGAGUGGAGCGAGUGGAGCAACACCACCAGUGUCAAAGUCCCCAACUAUCUUCAGAAUGAGACUGCAUCGUGGAUUUUGGUUUAUAUCCUCUCUGCAGUUCCUUUCAUAACAGCAGUGUGUAUUUUGGUCAUCAAGAGGAAAUCUGUGAAGCACUUUGUUCUGCCUCCUGUUCCAGGUCCAAAGAUAAAAGGAGUUGAUGCCCAACUUCUCAAGAACAGGGGAUCAGAAAACAUCGACAAUGCACUGAUCAUCAACCAGGGUUUUCCUCCUAUGGUGGCCUGGAAGGACCAGAUGGAGGAGUACCUGAUUGUGACCGACAGUGACGACGGGUUUUCCUCCAAACCUCAAAAAAGGAAGAAAAGCUUGAUUGUUAUUCCCGCUGGCUUCUAUUUAGACUCAGACAUGUGCUGUAAGGAGUCAAUGCCCGGUGGGAAUGACUGGGAAAAGGAAGAGGAAAGAGAGAAUGAACUAGAAAACGCCAUCGAACCCUCCACAAACAGCAGUUAUGUGGAUAUUCAGAGACAUGUGGGAAACCAGGUGGACUACAGCAGAGUGAAAGACAUGAACGUUGGCGCUGUCCUCGUCCUCGUGGAAGAAAACGUCCCAUUUAAGGGCUCCGGCUACAUGGAGUUUCAGAGACAGGAGACCAUAGCAGAGGACUACAGCAUGGUGAAAGAAGUGGGUAGUGACAAUGUGGUCUUACUGCAGAAACAAAAUGUCGAGGCGUCCUGCAGAGAGAAGGGAGACCACUACACAGACUGUGUCCUUCAGAAGCAAAGAAAACCUCAUGUGUGCCCAGAACUCACUGAUGGUGGAUAUGUAGACACAAUCCCUGCACCUCCUUUAAUGUAGGUGGUUUUACUUGGAUAUCUGAAUACAAAUGACAGGAUUACUGCUUAUAUUUAAAGAAAAAGGCUGCAGAUGUUCUGUAUUUUUAUUACCUCUGCCAGAGAGGUCAAGUUUUUGGUUCGUUCUGUCCGUUUGUCUGCAGGAUUACAGAAAAAAAAACUACUUGAAUGAUUUUCAUGAAACU